AUCGAGGCUUCCAGGAGAGCAGCGUGACAUGGGAAGCAAUCACGACGGAAACGUAGUAGUCGCCGGCGUUGACCGUGUCCGCGUCCUGUCCCGACGCGUCGUCCGACCGUCCGGUCACGCGCCGCCGCCGCCGCCGUGCGACGAGGUCAUCCACCUCACGCCGUGGGACCUCCGCCUCAUCAGUAUCGACUACAUCCAGAAGGGCGUCCUCCUGCCCAGCCCUCCGCUCUCAGGCGGCGCCCUCGCCGACGCCCUCGCGUCCUCCUUCUCGCUCGCGCUCGCGCGGUACUACCCUCUCGCCGGCCGUCUCGCCGCCGACGAGCGCGCCGACGGGACGGUCACCAUCACCCUGCGCUGCACGGGCGAGGGCGCCGAGUUCGUCCACGCGGCGGCGCCCGGCGUGGCCGUGUCCGACGUCGUCUCGUCUCUGUACACGCCGUCGGAGGUAUGGUCGUUCUACUCGUACAACCUGGUGCUCGGCGCCGACGCCGCCGUCGAGCCGCGGCCCCUUCUGUCGGUGCAGGUCACCGAGCUCGCCGACGGCGUCUUCAUCGGCAUGUCCAUGAACCAUUCCGUCGGCGACGGAACCACCUUCUGGGAGUUCAUGAACACCUGGUCGGACAUCAAUCGCCGUGGUGGUGGUGGCGUUAUCACCGACGACAUGAGAGAGAUCGCCACGCCGGCGCCGGUGUUCCGGCGGUGGUUCGUCGAGACAACCCCGGUGUCGAUCCCCAUGCCGAUCGGCAAGCUGCAGAACGUCGUCAAGAGGUUCGAGCGGCCGGACGUGCAGGAAUGCUUCUUCACCUUCCCGGCGGCAAGCGCCCGGAAGCUCAAGGCGAGAGCGAACGAGGAGAUGGCCGGGACGUCCACGGCCACCAUCUCCUCGCUCCAGGCCGUGCUUGCGCACCUCUGGCGAGCCGUCUGCCGAGCCCGGCGCCUCCCGCCGGAGCAGGUGACGUUCUACACGGUGAUGAUCGGAUGCCGGGGCCGCGUGAACGGCAUCCCGCCGGGGUACGUCGGGAACGCGCUGGCGUUCGGCAAGGCGGAGGCGACGGCCGGCGAGAUCCAGGAGAGGGGUCUCGGGUGGACGGCGUGGCUGCUCAACCGCGCCGUGGCGUCGUUCGACGAGGCUGCCAUGCGGGAGUGGCUGGAAGGCUGGGCGAGGGAGCCGGAGUUCACGUACAUGUCGAAGCUCCAGUCCACCGCCGGCGUGGCGCUGAUCACCGGGAGCUCGCCGCGGUUCGACGUGUUCGGCAACGACUUCGGGUGGGGGCGGCCGGUGGCGGUGCGGAGCGGCUCCGGGAACAAGAUGGACGGGAAGGCGACGGUGUUCGAGGGGCCGGAGCGGGGAGGGAGCGUGUCGCUGGAGGUUUGCAUCGCCCCGGACGCGCUCCGGAGGCUCGCCGCCGACGAGGAGUUCAUGGACGCCGUCAGCCUGCCCGCCUGAUUAAUUGCCGGUGGUUUGGUUUUUCGCCCUUCCAAAAAUUUGUUAAUUAUCUAUCUUUCUAUUCGGAUAUGACUCAUUUUCGUAGCAGAUCAUUCAUAUAUAUCGUUAAACCACCUCAACAAAACUUUCGUAAUAUUUGUCCAUCAUUUCUUUUUUUUUUGCAACCAACACAAGCAAUGCAUUUUCAAACUUUACUCGCUGCUUGAGAACAUUUUCGAAUGUAUUUUGGCAAUGAACUUUGAUCGUUUGGCCAUGGACACACCACCAAGCGAGUUUCAUACUAUAAACUUUUCUG